AUGGAUAGCACAAAUAUAGCCACGGCCCUGAGUCUCCGGCGUCCCUUAAAUGGGUCAGGGGUGCGAAGAAUCUCCGGAGGGGAUCACGAACAAAAACAACGACACAGGCUAAAAAUUGGAACGUGGAACGUAAAGAGUCUUAAACAGCAUGGGAAACUACAAAAUGUCAUCAAAGAAAUGAGGCGCCUUGAAAUUAGGGUGUUGGGUAUUAGUGAUACUAAAUGGCCAGGAAACGAUCGAUAUAAGACCACAGAGGGCCAAGUACUGUACUACUCGGGUAAAAAUGGCUCAACCGAACCUUAUGGAGUGGCAGUCCUGCUCACCAAAGAAACUGCUCGGGCCGUUCGCGGUUUCAUACCACAUUCCAACUGA